ACCACACGUGUUGAGAAAAAAAAAUAAAAAUUCACAUCAACAAAUGUAGUAUAAAGUUGUUGAAUAGAAAAACUCUAUUCAAGAUAUAUAGGGGACAUUUUAUUAUAAAAAAUGCUAUACGCAACCGGCCUGGGACCCCGGCGCGGCCUCGGCUUAUGCCACGUCAGCCUAUUUAAUUUAAUUUAAUUUAUUUUAAAAAAUUAAAUUUUUCUUUUCUUGUUUGGGGGGAAGGGAAUACAAUGGGAUCAAAAGUUCCUGAAAACACAAGGUUCUUCUUCCUUCGAACCUUUGAAACCCCAUCCAGAAUGUUGUCCACCGUCCACCAUCUUCCCUCAUCUUGCCCCAUCACGAAACAGAGUCCACCGUCCACCAUCGGCUUCGGGCCAUCAAAAUCCCAAAACCCCCAUCCCGGAAUGAUCCCCGGCGUGACCUUCGAAACUCCCAAUCUGUUUCUCCCAUUCGAAAACCCAUACCGACACAGAAGAGUCACCGUUUGAUGCUUCGCCCCAUCGGCUUCGAGCCAUAAAAAUCGUCGUCGUCGUGGUCAGCCAACAAAAACCCCCAUCCCGGCAGUCCCAAUCUACUCCCCAUCAAAACCCCCAAUCUAUUCCUCCCCUUCGAAAACCCAUACGGACACAUCGUCACCGUUUGAUGCUUCGCCCCAUCGUCUUCGAGCACUCAUCUGAGUCGUCGUGUUCAGCCAAGAAAGACCCCCAUCCCGGCCUUGUGAUGUACUCCCCAUCGAACACCCACGAGCCCUAGAACACCCACGGCCUUGUGAUGUACUCCCCAUCGAACACCCACAAACCCUAGAAGAACCCGGAACCCUAGAACACCCACGGCUUUGUGAUGUACUCCCCAUCGAACACCCACAAACCCUAGAACACACACGAACCCUCUCAGAACCCGGAACCCUAGAACACCCACGAACACCCCCCCGUUUCGAUUUUUUUUUUCUUUUUUUCCGUUGGCCUGUGGGACCAAGGAACCAAAGAACUUGUGGGAGCGGCAGAUUUGAAGCUCAGAUUCGAUAAAUUUCUGUGGUACCCUUUUCUAUACUGCAUAUUUAGAAAUUAGAUUUUAUCGGGUAUAGUUUUCGAAGGGUACCCUCUUGAGUUCUGUUCUGUAUUGUUUAUUGCAUAGGAAAAUAAAACUUACUUGUUUAGUAUAACCCGGCUUUGCAGGGGCCUCAGUAUUCUCGGUGAAAAUCAUCUAAAUGCUAUCUUUGUUUGUUUGUAAUCUGGUUUGCAUCUUGAAAGUGGUAGCUAAUUGCUGAUUGUAACAAACUGGUAGCUAAUUUUGUUUCGAUUUUGUUUUCUUAUCCAAGUAAAUUUAGUUAGUUCAAAUGGAUGCCCUGUACUAAUUGACCCUCCCUGUUCCGAGUCUUCACUGUAUUCGAGUUUGUAGAAAUUGUUUGGCUUUGUAAACAAAAACCAUGGACACCCAUUUCCAUUUUCUUGACUGGGUUAAUUGUUUAGUAUGCUUUCUAUAUAUCUGCUCAGGCUUGGAUGAAAACAAAAGGAACUAAAGCACUUCAGACAAAGCUUUUAUAAACUUAGUAUUUAGAUCAAUUGAUUGAUAAUUUGUGAAACAUAUUUGAAUAGAAGUAUAACCAUCACUUAUUGAAUGCCUCUAUUAAUGUUGAAGUAGAUAUUAUUCGAGCAACACAUGGUUGGGAGAUUGACAAUUUUGGCCUCUUUUUCUGUCGAGUUAUAUUUUGUUGUGGGUUAUGAAAUGAUUUUUUGGGAUUGUAUAAAUCUUCUAAUUCUGUUUCUAUGUUUUUUGCAUUUCUCUCAUCAUGUACUCACUGACAAGUACAUGCACAGAAAACUCUUUUGAAAACUCUCUCCAAGUUAACUACUUUGUGAUUUUGGGGGAUCUAACAAUGUCAGCAUCAUCAAUUUCUUCCGCAUCCUCUACUAAAUGUUACUGUGAGGUUGAAGCCACGAUGAGAUAUGCAAAUAUUGCAAGAAAUCCAGGACGACCCUUCUUAGGGUGUCCAAAGUACAAUACACAGGGAUUACCAUAUUGCAAGUUUUUCAAAUGGGUAGAUAGAGAUCAGAUGGGAGAGCUUGAACUUCGAGCAAUGACCAUCCAAGCAUUAUUAAGGAAGCUGAAAGAACUUGAGAAGAAAUUGCUUGAUGUCGAGAAGAGGGAGAUUGAGCUAGAAGGGAGGGUGGUUGAGAUUGAAAAUAGAGAAGCUGAGAUCAGGCUCAGACGCACACAGCUUCCCCUUAGUGUUUGGGCAUUUGCAUUUUUUGUUGCAUUCUAUCUUGUAGUAUCCAAGUAAUUAUUAACUAGUGUUUGUAAACCAUCACUUAUGUUGGCUUUGUGGCUUUGUACUCGACUUUUGCACUUGUAUUGGACGUGCACUUCACGUAAUAUGAAGUGUUUGUAGUCAGUUUGUAGUCAACCGAAGUAUUGGA